AUGUCGUACUCGGGUCUUGCGUCGCUGCAAUGGUACUUUACAGGUCUCUGCCACUAUGGCGCGCGCGGCUACCGCAAGGCGUCGACCACGUGGGUCGAGACGCCCGUCGACGUCUCGUCGCGCCACUACGCCGUGACCGGCGCCAACAGCGGCCUCGGCUUCGCGAUCGCGACCCAGCUCGCGCAGCUCGGCGCGCACGUGCAUCUGGUCUGCCGCGACGCAGGCCGCGCUGAGGCUGCGCGCAAGGCCAUCGUCGACGUCUCGUCGCACGACCCGAGCAAAGUGCACGUCCACCUCGGCGACCUCGGCAAGCAAAAGGACGUGCAUACGAUCGCCGCGUCUCUGGCGGCUGCCGCGCCUCUUUACUGA